AGAAACUCCCAAUUAAUUUCCCAAAGUCAGUAUGCUUUGGGUGAAUUUUUUUCAUGUCUGUCCCACUGCAUCUCAGCCUCCUUUCAAGCUGAUCUGAAAGUCACUGCAAAAGGCAACUACAGAGUGGGAAUGUUGGAUGUAAUCACAUUGCAAACAAAUCCAUUUUGGAUAAUUAUUGGGAAGACUUCAUGGAAACUGGUGCUAUUUUAAUAAAAAACACUUCAGAAACACUGAAGUAAAAAUGUGGAAGGAAUAAACUUCAGAUUAAAAACUCAACAAGUAGUAAUUGUGAAGCUUUUAUAUGACAUCAUAUUGGAGGCUUUACAUAGCACAAUUCUAAAAUUAAUAUAGGAGAAUCAGUGUAACUCCACAACAGAACGUUUUAUUGUGAUUACUAAAUUAAGAUGGAAAAAGGGAGAAAACCAAAGCUGGCUCCCGCUGAAAAUACAGCCUAUAAGGAUCUUCCCCUGCAGGAUUCUUCCCUUUUAUCGUUAAAAAUUAACAUCCACACAGGACAUUUUGUAAGUAAGAAAACGUAUAUAUAAUGAGAGGUCUAAAGUGCUGAAACACAUUCAGAGGCACAACAAAGAGUUAAGAUGACUUAUCAUGCAUUUGUUCUGUCAAUUGAAUCCAGAAGAUUACCUUGUUUAAUCUGCCUGGCUACAGCCGGCUAAGGCUCCUGACAAGUAAAUCUAACCCCAGGGCCAAGCUGGGAAUCUGCGGAUAUUAACACUUAAAACGUCAGGGUUUAAUGGCUGCUCAAAAAGCACAGCCGGGCAUGGCCACCAUCACCUCCCAGCGCCCUUACAAAGCUCAUCCCACACAAAGAGCAUCCCCCAGAAUGAGAGCAGGAAGGGGUUUGUUUCUAUUCGAGCCAGUAAGAGUCAAAUUUAUGAAUGAUUUACUCCUGGGGUUGAGGGCUGGAUGUAAACCAGCAGAAAGGAAGUUGUCAGCAGCAUCUUGCUCUGGCCAAUGGUAGGAGAGCUCCAUCUUAGCUGUGCCAUAGGCUGCACUAAAAAAAGGGACCAGAACAGCGCUCUUCCAGCAUCCUCUCAGACAAGAGCCCCUAAAUUGGUGAUAGUGAGCACGCUCAGGCAACUCUUCAAGAAUGGCAACCCUCAACACCACUCACUGGAACGAGACUACAUCCAUUUCCCAGUAUCUGGACUUCCAAGUGCAAAAGAUCUACCCUUUCCAUGAUAACUGGAACACUGCCUGCUUUAUUAUUCUGAUCAUAUUCAUCUUUACUGUAGUAUCUCUGGUGGUGUUGGCUUUCCUCUAUGAACUGCUAGACUGUUGCUGCUGCGUGAAAAAUAAAACUGUGAAAGACUUGGAGAACGAACCCAAUCCUGUUAGAGCAAUGUUGAACAGGUUCAGAAAGCAUGAAACAGAGGUGGUGUAGGAAGGACUGAGCAUCAGCACUUGAAGAACGCCUCAUGAAUUCACUUGAAUGAAGCCUCAUGACUGACAUGACUGAGCAAGUCACAUGCUUUUUUUCUUUUUUUUUUUCUCCCUUUUGGACUGAACAGCAACAGCUACAAUUUUAUGUCUGGAGACGAACUUGAAUAGGCAAAGGCUUUUCAAGUCCUUAGCAGGAGGAUGAUCUUUUGCAAUGUUAUGGGGGAAGGAAAGAUUUUUGUUUCCAAAUGAACUUUUGUUGUUUAUAUGGAGUUACUAGUCUAGAUCUUUGUCUACCCAAAUGAACAAAUGUUGCCUAACAUGUAUAAAAAUAUGUUGCUUAACUGGAGAAAAUAUUUACAAACACGCUCAGCAAUCUGACCACAGGUAGUGCAGACACAACAGUGUCCUUCCACUGAGGUCAACCACACAAAGAUGGAAAAGGAGAGGCUUGUGUGAAUCCUUGCCUUUGACAGCUCUUAUUAUGGGUUUCUUGCUUCUAGAAGAGAGGGUGGUGGGAGGAAAAGUAAGCCAACUUGAUACAUAUCCCCUAAAAUGGUCUCUUCUAAAGCCCUGUGGUACAACUUGAUGCCUUCUCCCUCUCUUCCUCCAGUUUCACAGAACUGCUCUCCCCUUACUUCCUGUUCAACCUGUUUAACAACUUCUGGGUAUCAAUACAUAAUUAACACACUACCUUAAGAACUUCUAGCUAUUUCCACAAAAGCAUACCACUGUUGGUCUAGAAGAAACAGGGACAUUUUUCUGCCCCGAGGCUGCUGCCUCUAUGGUACUCUAUGGUACAACACUGAAGUGAGUCAGACAUGCUGGACUUACCAUCCCUAGCUUAACUUUUCAAAGCUGAACUGGAACUGACCAAGGAACACAAGCAGACAUGUCACAGACCUGCCAUACCAAUAACAGUAAUUUCACCUCCACACAGCUUUUAGGUAUCAACAUGCUUUGCAAAGGAGGCCACACCAGGAUAAGCCUUGCUUUAGAGAUGGCAGGAUGGAUGCAUAGCAAGAACAGACUUCAUUUUGCUCAAGAGAAUCUUAGCUUGCUUCACCAGCCUGCCCAGAACAUUCGCACUCACACCUUUCUCACAAACUGAGCACUUAACACUCACAACUCCAGCUCACUAGAUUAUUUUUCUUCUGUAGAUGCAUCUAUAGUUUUUAAACCAUGAAAGUUCUGCAGUUACAAAUUAUGACCACAACAACAGCAUCCAAGAGCAUGGCCACCCGUAAGGCCUGGUAAGUCUUUCACACUACUGAACCCAUAGAGAAGCAGAAACCAGUGAGAAAUGUCCCAGACCAAAGCUAUGCAUGGGACAAGAUAUUUAAACUCAAAUAAUAUUCCUGUCAUCAGGGAAACAAAACCCACCUAACGGCCAAACAGAUAAGUAAGCUACAACAGUGAUUUCACAGUCUGUCCAUGUCAGAAAUACCUUUGUGCUAUGGUCAGUACCUAUUAGCUUUUUUAAAAAAUUGAAAUAUAUAUAAACUCCCUCCACCAGGCUCAGCAUGAAACGCCAGAAGACCUGCACAGAACAAAAAGACUUGCUAAUCCGAGUUGUGCUCUUCCUGGUUGGUGAGAUGGAGUCACAAGAUACUCAGGCCACUAAUAAGCAGCAGGGCCAGUCCAGUGAUUCAUCUGGAGAAGCAAUCUCCCUUCUGCAGUCACAAAAUGAUACAACUACCACUGCAACUGUUCAUCUCAGAUACGCUUGCUAUAGCAAACCUCUGUCAGUACCAUGUGCAGAGAAUGCUUUCAGCUAAAAAUCAAACUAUAUAAGCACAAUUAACAGAAGAAGCUGAUGGCUCAGGUUCAAGACAAGUUGGGAUUCACACCAAGACAACUGAUGAAGAUAACAUUAGUAGUGAGAACAUCUUUAAUUGUCAGGUACACUCACUGCCUUCUGCUGUAUUUGACAGCAUCAGCCCUGAAAAACCUGUGUCCUGCCCAAGAGGCAAACGUAGCCAUUGGGAUGCACUAGGUAAAUUACCAUGCCUCUUCUUCCUCCAAGCAAAAGCUCCAAAUGGCAAGAGGACUGCUGGCCACCUGCAGCGUUUCUGCAAAACACUCAUCAUCACUGCACACAAGAACGUAGUGUGCAGGAAACAACCCAGAAAGCCCCUCUAUGCUGGCUUUGUGGUCCUCCACCUUCCUGAGAAGCACAUGCAAUGAAAAAUCUUGGGACUCAUUCCAGCUAGUUAUUUCAUGGAUCUAUAAAGGGGGCUGGAUGUAUGCACAAGUUAAAAAGGACACAGAACCCUAGAGCCUCAAGAUGAUUCCUGCCCACAUGUAGAGUAAGUCAUGAAACAACUCCUGGAGAUUUUGCCUCUUUGUUACCGUGGCUAAGACCAUCAAAGGAAAGAUCUUCAGAAAAAGACUAAGACCUUAGCCACAAAUUACUAUUCAUUAAUAAAAUAACAGAUAUGAU